UGGCCACAAGACCGUAGUUGCCUUGCCGUUCAACAUAUGAGCUGAAGAAUUUCAAAAAAGCGAUACCUCUUCGUCUCCCUUCGUCUACACAACCCAACGAGGUGCUGUUAAAUGCCGAAGUCAUGACAACGACGUCGUCGAGGUCCGUGAUUGCUCGGGUCGCACCGUUUUUCAUCUCCCGGAUCCGCCAGAACCAGAGGCUUUUGACUUCUGCGGCUUCGUCAUCCUCCGCCCUUCCGGUUCAGCACCACCCAGAAUUCACAUCUCCAGAUAAUUCCGUUUUUAUGACCGACAGUUGCGUUCGGAGAAUGAAGGAGCUGCAAGCUGGUGAAUCCAAUAAAAAGAUGCUACGCUUAAGCAUUGAAGCUGGUGGCUGCUCUGGAUUUCAGUAUGACUUUUCCCUAGAUGAUAAGGCCAAUACUGAUGAUAGAAUUUUCGAGCAAGAUGGUGUAAAACUGGUGGUCGAUAAUAUCUCAUUUGACUUUGUCAAAGGUGCAACUGUUGAUUAUGUAGAGGAGCUGAUCCGUUCUGCUUUUCAGGUAUCUAAUAAUCCAAGUGCUGUGGGUGGCUGUGGUUGUAAAAGCUCCUUCAUGGUGAAACAAUAAUUCGAGACCCUCUCUUAUGUAGCACACCUUUGUGCUCGUACACAUUCAGCUUCAAAAUAGGCCUGUUGUCGAUUUGGAAUAAAAAUACAUUUGAUGUUGUCACACACACACCGUCCAUGACAAGCAGUACAGCACUGCAUACUGGAACCACAUAGUUAACGAAAGGUGAAAAUUUCGGUUACUGUGAAUUUGUUAUAGUGAAAUCGCAAAUUGAUAGUCAUGAUAGUAGGUAGGCAGCUAGAUUCGUGAUGAUUCUUUAUCGGCCUAUAAGUUUACACUUGCAGUUGUGCUUGGAAGAGGUUAGUUUUCUAAUUGAUUGGGACAUUCUGGGAAGAACACUUCUUCACUUCUGAUGAUGGAUUUUGUAAACACAACUUAGAGUCAGUGUUUCAUUUGUAUGUCUUUCAGUUGUAUUGCUCAUUAAUAAGAGGCUUUGUCAUCUGCUUACUAAAUAAACUUGAUUUGAAAUGCAUUGAAGCAAUUGAGUAAAUUACCAAAAUGACCUCUC